AUGGCUGCCAAUCUCUCUACAUACUCUGACUGUGUCUCAUCACUGCGCACAUCUCUCAAGUUUCUCGAAUCAUCCGUUGAAACACUCGAUAAUGGCGUCUCCGACUUCCCACGGCUCGUCAAUGUCCUCAAGACCGUCCGCCAUUACGAACUCAUCCCCCAACCCACACUCACAGCAGCCGAAUCAUCUCUCCGCGACGAAAUAGGCCCUUAUAUCGCCCUGCUCCUCGCCCGCGCAGACUCCCAAAUUGAACGCCAGGAACGCCGUAUCGAGACACUAAAAGCCCGCGCGGAGCUGCAGCAGGGACGUCUAUCGCGCCCAGACGACAACUACGACGAAUUCGGUGGCAAGUCUAAGAAGCAAAAAACCGGCAGUCGUAAGCUCACAACAGAAGAGAAGCUCCGUGCGAGAGCAGUUCGGCAACGCAAAGAAGCUUUACGCUAUGGUGUGGAACGACUGGAGCUUGAGGUGCUACAGAAGGAGAGAGAGCUCAGGAAGAGACUGGAAGGACGAUGA